AAUGUGUGUCCACCUAAAUUUCCACCAAAUAUAGUCCUUGAUGCAAUAAUUGAAUAAUAAUAUAAACGCAAUCAUUUUUACACGUUACGCAAAAUUUUUUUGCAAUUCUGUACGUAAAUCGUGUGCGAUAUACAUCAUGCGUAGUAUGCAUUGAUAUUUGAAAAUAUAGUAGUUGCAGUGCGCUGCUUUGGUCUCUUACCCUUCAGUCAUUUCAAGAGCGAAAAUGUCAUCAGAAGCUUACGAUGCCAAUUAUGACAAAGAACACCCAAGAAAUCUCAUUCCAGAACUAUGUCGGCAGUUUUAUCAUCUCGGAUGGGUGACUGGUACUGGUGGUGGUAUUUCUAUAAAACAUGAGGACAAGAUUUACAUAGCUCCCUCAGGUGUACAAAAAGAGCGCAUGAUGCCUAAUGAUAUGUUUGUGCAGGAUAUUGAUGGAUCAGAUCUGGAAUUACCUCCACCAGAAAAGAAACUGAAAAAGUCGCAGUGCACCCCGUUAUUUAUGUGCGCAUACUUAAGACGCCAUGCAGGUGCUGUGAUUCACACGCACUCAAAGGUUGCAGUGAUGGCAACACUAUUGUGGCCUGAGAAAGAAAUCAGAAUUACCCAUCUUGAAAUGAUUAAAGGUAUAUGGAACCAGAAAGAGGGUAGAGCGUAUCGUUACGACGAAGAGCUGGUAAUACCAAUCAUAGAAAAUACUCCUUUCGAGAGAGAUUUAAGAGACGAUUUAGAUAAAAUUAUCGUUAGUUACCCUGAAACUUGUGCGGUAUUGGUACGCAGACAUGGAAUUUAUGUGUGGGGUAAUUCUUGGCAACAGGCGAAAACUAUGACAGAAUGUUACGAUUACUUGCUCGAUAUCGCAGUUCAAAUGAAAAAAUAUGGAUUAGAUCCGUCGACAACUCCAAAUGAUUAUGAGUUAAAGCACCAAGCAAAAAUAGAAGAGAAUAGUUAAUAAUUUUUAUACAAAAUUAAUUUUUCUACCAUGAUUCUGUGCCAUAAUGCCGCAUUUCCUAUAUCUCUAAGCUAUGUAUAAUUUUUUAAUAACGUUAAAAAUAAAAAUAAAAAUAAGUUAUAAAAUU